UCAGAGCAGCAGCAGCAGCUCAGAGCAGCAGCAGCAGCUCAGAGCAGCAGCAGCAGCAGCGCCAAUGGAGAAGUCAGCGAGUAACGGUGUCUGCGAGGUCGAGGACACGGCCCAGGGAAGCGGCUCCGUCCCCGAGAGCGGCGGCAACGCGGCGGCGGCGGCGACGGCGGCGGAGCCCGCGGGGGGUCCCGAGGCGAGCGGGCGGCUGCGCUUGGCGUGGCGCUGCGUGCGCGCCAAUGCCCUGGUGCUGCUCACCGUGGGCGCCGUGCUCACGGGCGUGGCGCUCGGCAUGGCCGUGCGGCCGGUCGGCCUCUCGCGGGCCGGCGCGGCCUACUUCGCCUUCCCGGGAGAGAUGCUGCUGCGCAUGCUGAAGAUGAUCAUCAUACCGCUGGUGGUGUGCAGCUUGGUGUCGGGCGCGGCCAGCCUGGACACGCGCACCCUCGGCCGCCUCGGGGGUCGCGCCAUCCUCUACUUCCUCGUCACCACGCUCAUUGCCUCGGCCAUUGGCGUGGCCCUCGCCCUGUUGAUCAAGCCCGGGGCUGGCGGCUCGGACGCGAAACCCAACCUGGGCGACAGCGGCAGCCCAAUGCCUCCUGCGCGGGAGGCCGUGGACUCGUUCCUGGACUUGACCAGAAACCUCUUCCCUGCCAAUCUUGUGGCUGCUGCUUUUCAAUCGUAUGCUACCGUCUACAAUUAUAUUUCCGUGACAACAAAUGUCACAGUCGACAACACAACCUUGCAGAAUGUCACGAUUGAAAAGAUCCCAGUUGGUUCGGAUGCGGACGGAAUGAAUAUUCUGGGACUGGUGGUGUUUGCCAUUGCCUUUGGAAUUGCUCUGCGGCAACUUGGGACAGAGGGAGAGGUCCUCAUUCGCGUGUUCAACGUGUUUAACGAAGGGACCAUGGUGCUCGUGUCCUGGAUCAUGUGGUAUGCCCCCAUUGGAAUCAUGUUCCUGGUGGCCAGCAAGAUUGUGGAGAUGCAGAACGUGGUUCUGCUGAUCACUAGCCUGGGCAAAUACAUAAUGUGCUGCGUCGUGGGGCAGCUCAUUCACGGCCUCAUUGUGCUGCCAGCGAUCUUCUUUGCGUUCACGAGGAGGAAUCCGUACACGUUCCUGCUUGGUAUCCUCACAGCCCUCACCACCGCCUUCGGCACCUCUUCAAGCUCGGCGACGCUGCCCCUCAUGAUGAAGUGCGUGGAGGAGAACAACGGCGUGGACAAGCGCAUCAGCCGCUUCAUCCUGCCGAUCGGCGCCACCGUGAAUAUGGAUGGUGCCGCUCUGUUCCAGUGUGUGGCCACCGUCUUCAUCGCUCAGUUCAAUGACAUACAUUUGGAUGCGGGGCAGAUCUUCACGAUCCUCGUCACGGCAACAGCAUCGAGCGUGGGAGCAGCUGGGAUCCCAGCAGGCGGCAUCCUGACGCUUGCCAUCAUCCUGGAGGCGGUCGGCGUCCCCACCAAAGACCUGUCUCUGGUUCUGGCGGUCGACUGGUUCGUGGACCGCACCUGCACCGUGCUCAAUGUUGAAGGCGACGCCAUCGGCGCUGGGAUUCUGCAUUACACCAACACGGAGCGAGAGGAGGCAGCCGUGCCGGCCGUGGAGGAACUGGCCGAAAUCAAGAUGGAAACGCCGAUAAACGGGCGCUCGGGCAGUGAGGCAUCGCCGUUGAUUCGGCACAACCACGUCGUGUCUCUCACCCCCACGUCGCCCGCCCAGGAGUCUGCGCUCUGAGUCGAACGCGAGGACAUUGGAGAUACACCUUACUGCAGUCCCAUGCCCAAAGGCAGGUGAUGGUAAAUCUGUGUUAGUACUCCACAUUCAGUGGGUCACCAUAUUAUGAUAACUUGCAGCACUGAUUCAUUUUUAUGAUUCUAAAAUAUAUUUAAAAAAAUACAUUGAGGAAUUGAUUAUAUUUGUAAUCUGGGUUAAUGCAAGCACACCAGCAGCUAUUGUACGUAGUUAUCCUUGCACACCAUGAUUCUCCCGAUUCAUAGUUUAUUCUGGGUUAGAUCGUGUAGGUGUGAUGUCUGGGUUAGAUCGUGUAGGUGUGAUGUCUGGGUUAGAUUGUGUAGGUGUGAUGUCUUGGUUAGAUUGUGUAACGUCUGAGUUAGAUUGUGGAGGUAUAACGUCUGGGUUAUAUCGUGUAGGUGUAACGUCCGGGUUAGAUUGUGGAGGUGUAAUGUCCACCGUGAGUCAAGUUGGACAUAUGUGCCCGUUGGUUUUGUUCUUCAGCAACCGGUUACGUUGAAAAGCAAGCAACAUUUAAAACAUUUUCGUGUGACAUUUCAACGGCGAGUACAAACCAGCGUCAUCAGGCGAUAGCAAGAGAUCAUAUCGAAGUGAAUGCACUUCCUGAUCUGGCUCCUGGAGUAGGUGCUAUGCCACCAUCAGAUCAGCAACGCAGGAGAACCGGAUUUGAUCAAAAGAAUUGAAUGCAGAUUGACCGGUUGUAAGUGACAGGGUUAAAUAGUGUAACAAGGUGAAGCUGAUUCAUCGUUGGUGAAAAUAUCAAUCGGUUAUGUUGAAGUGUAUUGUAUUAGUCAUGAUUGAUAUUAGUUACAUUACAGCUUCAUUGUUUACAAAAUCCCCUAGGGUUAUAUCGUAAGGUGUAAUUUAUCUGUCUUUCUGGUGAUUGUUUUUUUUGUGAUUGGAAUAUGCAGGUACGUUGAAUUUAAGAGAUUAUUAGUUUUUUACAUUAUUGUAAUUAUGAUGUUUUAUUUUAACUUAAAAAGGCAGAGUUAAUUGAUGUUAUGAAUCUAUUUAAGCAUUAUCUUCAUAGGAUUACUUAAUUCAGCAUCAUAAUGAUAAUUUGUUCUUAAUUCGUUUCAGGGCAGCGUUUGGUCUAUAGCAAGUCACCCUGUUCACGUUGUUUUUCCUUUUUUCAAUUUUAUUUCCCUAAUUAUUGUUUGCCAAUAAUAAUACAUUUUACACGGAACUCUAAUCUUACCAGCAUAAAUUGUGUGCCCUUCCUGACAUGCGUGUUCAACCGCAGACAUCUGCGUCUGUGAAUAUUUAAUGUUCGAUAUUCUAUGGUUCUUUCGGUAAAGUCACGUAUAUAGAAAAAAAAUAAUAACAAUAAAAUAAAAAGAAUGGGUUCUCCCUUAUCUCCGGUUGUGGCCAAUAUUUUCAUGGAAAAAUUUAAGAUGAACGCCAUCCAGGCAUCCACUCUACGCCCGUCCUUGUGGAAGAGGUACGUGGAUGACACAUUUGUCAUCUGGCCACAUGGCCGACCGGCUCUGGUACAAUUCCUUAACCACAUCAAUUCCAUACACCCAGCAAUCAAAUUCACCAUUGAAGUAGAAAGGAUGGCAUGCUACCCUUCUUAGAUGUCUGAAUCAAAUAGAGACCAGAUGGCUCAAUGAGCAACUGUCUACAGGAAAGUAACCCUUACUGACACCUAACUAAAACCUGAUUCCCACCACCAUCCAUCCCAGAAGAAUUCCCUCAUCAAAAUGCUACACCAUAGAGCUCAAUGUAUCUCCGACCAUGAACACCUGACCAGUGAACUCAAACAUGUACACCGGGCUCUCAUGGCGAAUGGAUAUUCUGACUACACAAUCCGCAAAGCCAUCACCCCAACCGUGAGGAAGGAGCCAUCUGAUGAUCCAAUCAAAAUGAUCACCUUACCUUACAUAGCAGGGAUAACCAAAAAUAUUUCCAAAAUCUUGUAUAAACACAAAUCCAGGUCCGAUUUAACACAGUGCAUAAAAUCCGUGACCUGAUCCCAUCUGUGAAGGACAAGAUUCCUGACAUGCAAUAUCCCGGCGUCGACAAACUCAGCUGUAUCUGCGGCAGCAGUUAUAUUGGGAAUCAAACGACAUGUCUCAGACCAUGUUCGUGAACAUAAGGCAGAUCUGAAACAUGGCAGGACCAAUACUUCUGUCCGUGGCUGAUCAUUACUUUAAUGCAGCUGGCUCACACGAAAUUUAUUUCUCUAAGAUGAUGGUACUUUGCAAGACGACUGGCUAUCAACAAAUAUUCGUUCACGAAGCCAUCCAUAUAUACAGACCCAGACACAAAUUCAACCGAGACGACGGUUUUAAACUCAGCAAUCAUUGGAAAGAUGUCAUCAACCACUUUGACUUGAUUUGUGUUUUUUUGUCCAUCUCCACCGUCAGCAGUGUGAGUGUGUGGAGCGAGGUGCAAUGCUUUGAUUGAUGUAGACCUACUGCUGGUGUCGGGGCCCUCUCCCACAUUAACAUUAGCUGCUCCGCCCAUCUCUAAACCUUUAAAAACAGCUUUCCCUCAGAGGCUAACCUCCCUGUUCCUGAUGACGACCACUUGUGUUGCGAUCGAAACGUCGUGAUAUUUUUUUUAUUCACUUUAUUUUCAUUUUUGUUAUUUUAUUUUUAUUAUUUUUCUAUCUACAUGACUUUACCAAAAGAACCAUAGAAUAUGAAUUCCUGCAGUCAUGAAAGUUUAAAGUCAAAAUAUUUGAUGUUCUUUAAUUCGUAUACUAAUUUUACGACCUUUUCGACCAAUGUAACAUUUGCCGCAACAUACACACAGGCUGGUGUACACCUUCUUAUCGCCUAAAAAUUAUAUAUAAUGGAUAACGUAGAAUGGUGAAAGUGGCGUAGUGUUGUGUAGUAGUGUGGUGUUGUGUAGUAGUGGUGCAGUGUAUUUGCACAUUAUAGCAGGAGUUUGGUGUAGUGAUUGGUGUAGUGUAGCGGUGUAGUGGUGCAGUAUAGUGGUGGAGUGCAGUGAUGCAGUGUCAUGUAGAGGUGCAGUGCAGUCGUGCAAUGCAUUGGUGGAGUGCAGGGUCAAGGUGCAGUGCCAUGUUGUGCACCGUAUCUUGCAGCAUCAACAGUGACUGGUGACAACAGUAGCAGACAAAAACUAUAUUCACAUUCAUAAUCAUCUUCAUCGUCAUCAUUAUCAUCUAUAUUAAUGUUUUAGGUAUAGAGCAGAGCUUCUGACAGUGCUCACAUUUCAUCUGCAUACUCAAGCUGCUGCCUGUGGGAAAUUGCAGACAGCAUGAUGAGUGUAGCACCUUCUUCUAUCUCGGUCGCAGAUCUCUGCGAUCGAGAUAAACGUGUGGUGCUCUGAUCUGCCGUGUUUGUUGGUAGCAACGUGCAUGCAUCACAGCCUCCCACCAGGACUGUGCCCUCUCGAAAGACAAAGAUCCCCCAUGUAGCCUUAACAGACUUUUCGGGCAUGUGAUGUUAGCGAGCACCUAUGAAGGCCGACACGGCACACCAGGGGGUGGGUGGCCAACGCCACGCCCGACCACCUUUGUCUGCCCAGUGGCGAUGUUUACAAAUCGCACUGGGUUCGAAUUUGAGGCCAAGUCGACCUAGUGGAGGUCCAGGACCGGUUCAGAUAUUCUUCACCGGUGUUGGCCGUGUGCGGGAAUCAAACUCGGAUCGCCAGGUUCGUAGCGCACGGCGCAAACGCGACAUUGCCGCUCCCCACUGUGCCCUCUCCCCCUGACUCUACACAGACAUCUGCAGACCCCACGGAUAAUAGGCUCUGUCUGUCCCCGUCAUGACCAGUUCUGUCUGACGUCAGUGACAUUGUGAAUUAAACAGUAGAAUCAAGCAGUGCUAGUCGCGGUCUUUGCAGUUUUUUUUAUUUGAACGAAUGGAGAAAAGCAAAAGGAGUCGAGCAAGUGAUGGUCGCAAAUGAGUGGAGUUUCACUCUUCUAAAUACCGAAUGCGCAUUACUCAAUUUCUUUUUUAUUUGUAUUUAAUCCAUUCAUAUGGAGCCAGUGCACCAAGUAAGACUCCACAUGUCACUUGUUUCUAGAUGUCUCCAUGUUUGAGUAUCUUGUAACUGUAUGGAAAUUAUAUCUUUCUCUGUGUUUGCCUGAGAGUGUCUGUGUAUUGAUGUAUUUGUGUGUGUGUGUAUCUUUUAUACGUUGGCCUUCAUAGGUGCUUGAAAACAGCACUUUCCACAACAGUCAAUUGAGCCUAUUCGUGGGAUAUUUGUGACUAUCUGUUUAUGUUUUUCCAUGUUUUUCACUUUCGCUGAUGUUUUCUCUAUAUCUGCCUUGUUGCGUAACUCUGUCUCAUUGUGUUUCUCCCUCUUUUUUGCGAAUGGCUCCAUUUCUAGUAUCUCACUCUGUCGCUGCUUGUACAGUAUUUCUGUGCCACUGUGGUUUGCUUUUCUGUAUUUGCAUAUGUCUCUCUCGGUUUCUUCCUAACUUCUGCCACGGUGGCUGUGAGGUGUUAUCUCCCUCACCUGGUAUACAGGAGUUCGUAGGUUCGAUCUCGACCCUGACGCCUGUAUAUUUGGAGUUUGCAUGUUCUCCCUGUGGUGGCGUGGAUUUUUCUCCGGGUCCUCCAGUUUUUUCCUCCACAUUUAGAAACAUGCGCUUAAAGUAUUUGGCUGCAAGACAUUUCCACGUGAUAAGCUACUUCAUUGAGCUAUCAUUUGUGGCCAGGUCACUUCUGAAAAAGAGCUAUAUAGCUCAGUCGGCCUUAUCUGAUCAAAUAAAAAAUGUGUUUAGUUUUAGUUUAUGUGUCUUUCUUCAUGUCUCUCUCCUGUAUUUCUAAAUCUGAGAUGUUUCAUGACCAAACACAAGUGUUCCACAUAAGUACACAAUUGUGCCAUUAUUUCAAGGCUCAAAGCAACCUAAUCCAUUUUCAUUUUAUGAAAGGAAGCACAAACAAUCUAUUAAUCAGAUUAUGUUAUUUUGUAGUCACCAAAUAUGAGAUCGCAUUUCUUUAAAAUCGGAGACGGAUUAAUUUUAAACUGGUAAAUUUGACCAAUACUCUGCACACACACGCAGAGUCUGGGACACAUAUGCACAUGUAUAUAGUAUACGCUGAAAAUGUAAACAAGCACAAAUCCAAACACCACAAGCCUGUACAAGCACCGCCAUCUGAUCCCAUCUUAAAGAGAGGAUACUCGUCUUUAAAAUAUGGAAAUUCCCCAACAUUGAUCCAACCAAAGCCUGACUGCUAACGAGACACUGCACGUCGAAACCACUCCAGAGUUUGUUGUGCUGAAUCAAUGUUACUGAAAUUGUGCACUUUCAGAAGGCCGUCUCGCCGAUGGGCAGUUUAAGAAUGACUUUUCUGUUUAUGUGUAAAGAAAGACAUGUGAAUGGGACAAUUUGUCUGCUUGUGUCUUUUGAUUUUAAAUGAGUUGGCUGCUAUUCAUAAGAGGUAUUUUGGGUUAGAUCGCAUAAAUAUAAAUGUGUUAUUAAACUCGCCACCACCCGACACAGCCAAUUAGGAAGGUUUGUCACAUAAACAAAACAUCCCAAUUAGUUACUAGUUAAGCACACCGGUUGUGUGUUGGAGAGUUAACCCACAACAUUUACAAUUCGAGUACCGUGACGUUUUGUCGAUAGUCACAACCAGCCUUGUCAAGCGACAGCCGGUGUGCUGAACUAGUAACUAAUUGGCAUCUUUUGUUUAUGUGACAAACCUUACUAAUUGGCUGUGCUGGUGGCGGGUUUAACGACACAUUCAUAUUUAAGCGAUCUAACCCAAAAAAAAACUUUUAUGGGUAUUGGUCGUGAAAGGAUCCGUGUUAGACUGGUUGCUUUUAUUGUCAGAAUACUGAGGGUUUUUAAACAGCCCUUUACAACCUGAUGAUUAAUCAAGCAAGAAAUUAAAGUUGAGUAUUUAACCGUGCAUUUACCAACAAUUCAAUAUGCAGCCUCAGUAACGCGAGGUGCACGAAUUCCAACCUCGGGGUAUGCUGGGUAGUGAAAUGCCAGAUUUUCUUUUUUUACUGAGGGCUGCUUGUUCAGUGGAACAGUCAAACAUAAAUGUUCUCAGGAUAUGUACAGUGAGUCCUAUUAUACAAUUACAGACAGCCAGCUUUACCGAAAAAUUAUAUAUUUAUGCCAGACAAGAGCACAUGUGUAGUCACUUUACAAGGGAUGCCAUAAUGCGUAGACAGGGUUGUAACAAGGUAAUAAUAACAAAGGUAAACGAGUAUAAGCCUAAACGUGUGUUUAAAUGCUUCUUAGAAGUAUUUUCACGGUAUAAAAUUAAGUCACCAAGACAAAGUAUGCAUGCGAGCCAAGAAUAUGAAAUUGAAUGUAUGCGCUUCGUGAAAAAGUGUUAAAACCCUGAACUGAACCACAAGGGGAUUUUUGUAACAGGAGCCAAAUUUGAGGUGAGACAGCGUGCGUGACCUGGUAGAGGGGGUCCUCAAUUUUUAUGGUACCACAGAAGAGGUAAGGAACAAAAUCGUGUUUACAUCAUUUUACAUAUUAAACAUGGGAAAUGUCGGAGUGCAAUCGUUAGCACAAUGGAUUUUCCAUCCACAGGUCGCUUGGUUGAAUUACAUCUCCCGGCGUGGCACUGCAAAAAGGGUGCAAUUUUCUAACAUUCCCCCACUGCCUCUGCACCCAGCAGGGUAAAUGGGUACAUCAGUGAGUCUAAACUGCAAACUAUUAUUUCAUUUUACCACGUAAGGCCCACUGAGCUACGUAGCUCUUUUUCAGAAGCGACCUGGCCACAAAUGAUAGCUCAAUGAAGUGGCUUAUUGUGUGCAAAUUUAUAGCGGAGGACCUGGAGAAAAAUCUGCUCGACCACAGGAAUAACAUGUAAGCUGCAAACAUACAGGAGGCGUCAGGAUCGGGAUUGAACUCACGACCUAUUGUAUACCAGGCGAGGUAGUUAAAAUCUCGCCACCGCGAGUCGAUCGGAAGGUCACGUGUGUGUUGGAAUAAAGCGUGGGUACGCCCAUUAUUUGGAUUAUUUUUCUGCUAUAAAUGUCCAAAUGAUCAGCUACUUUGUUGAGCUAUCAUUUGUUGCCAGGUCGCUUUUCAACAAUAAGUUAAUACGUCCGUGGGCUUUGUCUGGUAGGAUGGGGAUGGUUUAGGUUGAUUUGUUUGUGUUUUGGUGAUUUGUUUAUCUUUUUGUACUUUGCACUCCUUUCAUGUUUUUGUCCUGUUUGUUGCUGUAACGUUCUUACCCGCCCCGACUGGAGAUAUGUGAAAAAGAGCUUUAUAGCGCAUUGGAUUCCUCCAGUAUAAAUAAAUAUGAUUCUGAUAUUUUGAUAACACAUGCGGUCAGCGUGCAAGAGAAGAACAGACACCCUCUGGAGUUCGCUCUAGAGGAGGCCCUUCCACCAGCAGUGGCGUGAGCGAGCAAUUUCAAGGCCGUACCCUUUACCUUUCAGAUAUCAAGCAGCAGGCGUUUAAAGAUGGAAAUUAUCAACAUCUACCUGAAUAUGAAUGCGCAAUAAAGUUAUAAAUGAAGAUGUACUGCUUUGCUAGAUUGUGGCCAAUAUAAAAUCAAUAAGCAGGCAAUGCAUUUGUUUCAGUUUACCAAACUAUCACCAGGGAAUGCCUGCGAAAUGAAUGUGGCCGAGGAGCGCGACACUAUCGGUGAGUGUGAGUGUCAUCCACAAAAGCUCUUGUGGCCCAAAAACUAAACACCCCCCAACGAAUUGCCUUGGUUAUACACGUACUGCUGGGAAACAUUGUCCUGGAUAGCCUAUGGAUUGUGAAUUUACUUGAAGAUACCGUACCAAUCAAACUUUCAAUCUACAAUAAAAUGUUCGUGUAAUGCAUUCACAAUAGAAAUACCGUAGCUCCCGUUUGUAAUAGAAAGUUAAUUGAAAAUUUACAUUCAUAGUUUCAGUGUUAAAGUUUCUUGCACACAUUCGUGUCUUGGAUUCAUUUGUAUUUUACACGUUUCAUUAUCAUUUCUCUACUUCGAAAGCUAUAUUCCAACAGAUUUUAUUAAUUGUACAGUAUUUUUAGGCACCAAACUGCAAACGUUAUCACCAACUAACAAGUCACAAUUCUCACUGCCACACAAUUCUGUCUACACGAUAGAAGAGCCAUUGCCCAACACCUUAGCAUGGUUUUCAUAGUUAUAAGGUAGAACGUGUUCACGAUUAUGGAGUUAGUGUCUUAUCAUUCUGUAGUUAUACCUCCUAAAUAUUGUUAUACUUAUACACACACCAUGCGUCACAGAUAAAACCUGUCUGAUGAAAUGAUCAAACACCAAAAUGGUUACCACCAUCGAAGACCACGCACAUUGAAGCAAAUAUUGCUACACCCUGACAGGGUAACUGCAUAAACGUGGUGAGUACCACGUGUAACUAAGACCACAACGGGGUAACUACACUCUACACUACAACGAGGUAACUACAUAACCGGGUUAGUCAGUAACGUACUGCCUGACCCACGAGCCGAGCGUAACGAUCGAAGACCGAAGCGACGUAGCAUGGCGGGUUGAUUCCAGACAACAGCCCUGAUCGGCUCUCGGGACCUCCCUUAUAUGCGCCUGAGCGUGGCCUGGCUCCGCCCACGGCCAUACCCCCUUCUGGAUCCUACCAGAAGGUUCUAGGCUGCAUGUCAUGUGUCCCACUCGCCCCCCUCGGGCCCCCCUCGUUACCCUAUCCUGGUCACGUGCCCUCUCGGGUUCACCCAGAGUAUCAUGUCCUGGCGUGCCCUCUCUCUGCCCGUUACCGGAACCAGUGAGAGGCUCGAACACACGUAGUUCCUCUCUAUUCUCAAUAGCUGGCGCUAAGCGCCGUAGUGACUUAAUAUACGUCACUACACAUGUAUACUGUACUGUAAAUACAGAAAUAAACUGUAUGUUUCAGGUUGUUUAAUACUUUCAGUGUGUCUGGUAUAGGAUUUUUAGUUUUAAGUUACCAGGGUUUUCGUGUUUUUUUCACUCUUCUGUUGAAUCGUCUUUGAGGCCUUCAUUGUCAGUACAGGGCCAAUUCGUGAAAAUGUUUGUGUUUACAUGGAUUUAAUGCAGUAGGUUUUUUUCUGCACGUACGAUAUUGUGGUACCAUUUCUGUGUAGUGGAAUUAAUUGAAAUACUGCAAUACAAAUGUGAUAUUAUUUAAGAUCAAGGCUAUGCUUCAUGAUAAUUCAAGACAAAUUGGCAAUUUGUGUUCAUGCCAUCUAUUAAGUGAUUGGUGAAGAGUCGCAGCCAGGAAAUGGCAUAAUACAGACAGACGGUAAUACUGGUUAAAUAAUAAAACAAAAUUGAGUGCUUUUGAGAAAAUGGUUAUAAAACAAUGAAAAACUAUAUUGUCACAUCAAUUCUUUUAAAUCUAUGGGAUACUUUUUGGCAGUAUCAAGAUGAUGAAACAAGAAAAAAAAGGCUUUAAGCUUUCUGGCAAAAAUACAGGAGGUGUUAAUAUGUGGAAACACCAAUCAGACACCUAUUAAAAGGGUAUCAAGUCUGCUUUAACCACGCAUGCUUGUGGUAAAACAUGCAAAUAAUUGUUUUCAUAAUGAAAACACUGUCCUUGAAAUUGAUUGGCCACACAUUGUCAGAGCAUACCGUAUUUGUAUUAGCAAAAGUAUGUGUGGUGUCUGUUAGGUGUUUGAACUUCUUAACACCUGUAUUGUUGACAGAAGCCUUUUCUCUUUUCGUCAAUGAUUUACUGGUAUGGCACAGUGCCUAUCAAUGCAUAUGCAAUGAAAUAGUCAAUGGCAAAUGAUAAAAAAAAUCUGAUCACCUGGGGAGGAUGAAAGUAUGAAUGUUUAAAAUACCACCUCUGGGGAUUUCAUUGCAAACACAAAUCUAACACUCCACAGUUGUCCUAAUUAAAACUACCAGUACUUGGCACGAUCAGAAGAGAACACAGCAUGCGAUGAUGACGGUCUCAGGAUGAGACCCACAUGAGGAUAUGGCUGGUGGGGAGAUUAAGCCAUUUUGUUACAUAUGGGUGUAUCGGGUUGCACAUAACUCGGGUUAAAAUCGACAGCAUUAAUAGAGAGAUGCCUUUGAUCAAGCAGUCGAUUUUAAAUUGUUUUGGAAGGGUAAUGCUGCUGGGUAUGGCCUGCGUGAUAUUGUUUCGAUCAGUGCAAUAGUCAUCAUAUGUCUAUUGUUUCUGUAACUUAAUCUCGAUUGUAAUUUGAUCAGUCUAAAACUAAUCUGCUUGAGCUGACGCCGCAGUUAUUUAAUGAUUUGACAUUAAUUUAUGUUCGCGCAUUAUUUUCGACAAAAAAAAUCGACAAUUGUUUUUGCAAUGAUUUAUAUUUGCUUCGUUGUUGUACUUUAAAUUAUUUUGCGUUUUUAAUGUUGGUGACACGGGUCACUGCUGUGAGACUCACCCUGGUCUCAUGAGCUCUCACCUGGUUACGCAAAUGAACUUGACUUGAUAAGCUCGAUAUUUUGUUUAAAAUAUUUUUUUAAAUAAAGUUAACAGCUAGUACGGUUAUACCUUUAAUAUAAAUCUAUUAUGAACAAAAAAUGUACACACACGGACAAAAUGUCACAAGCAUCUUUUAAAUAGAAAAUACUGUUCGGUUCAUCAUUCAUGAUUGUUUUCCAUUUGAGUGACAGUCAAUGACAAUUAGCAAAAUUGUUAUUCGGAAAGCAAAUUAACAAUAAUAAAUGAAUAUUAUUAUUACCUAAAGUUACUGUAGUAAUAUAGGCAGAAGUUCAUUAAUAUGGAACAAUUCGUGCGGCUGUAGUUGGUGCUAAGUUCUCAGCUGAGUUCCUUAUACUGGCGUGACUUUGUUGCUUUGAGUUCAGUUUCACGGUGGUAAUGUAUCAAUGCACAUGUGUAUGUAUACGUGCAGGUCAAUUGGUGUAGUGUCGGUAUUGAUGUGAUUGGAACGUUCAUUGCAUAAGUUUAAUUCAAUAAUGCACAGUUAUUGUGACCAGCUUACAGCGGUGAACUAUUUUUGAAGUAGUGUAUGUGCACAGCAAUGUCACAUCUUGCAGAGAUGUUUUAGACUUGUAACCCUUAUAUUGUAAGUUAAAACUGAUAGGUCGUGUGUAAACACUAUUUUACUCUAUGUUGAAAAUAAAGUAGUGUGGACUGGUAAUAAGUAUAUUAAAUAUUAGAAAACAAA